GAACUCCCGCCCCGGGGCGGAGCAGAGCGGAGCAGCCCAGCCGCGCCUCGCCGUCCCUGCCUGCAGGCUUACUCCGACACCACCGGCGGCGGCCAGAAGCAGCAUGGGCAGCACCCACCGCAUCACCAUCCAGGGCCCGGGGCCGUGGGGCUUCCGCCUGGUGGGGGGCACGGACUUCGACCAGCCGCUCACCAUCUCCAGGGUGACACCAGGAAGCAAAGCUGCAAUUGCCAAUAUAUGCAUAGGAGAUGUGAUCAUGGCAAUUGAUGGGGAGAACACUGAAAGCAUGACCCACCUAGAAGCACAGAACAAAAUCAAGGGCUGCAUAGAUGACAUAACUCUGACAGUGAGCAGAGCUGAAUCAAAGGUCUGGUCUCCACUGGUUACUGAGGAAGGGAAAACCAAUCCAUACAAGAUGAACCUGGCUUCCGAGCCACAGCAGCUGCCUGUGCAGUUUCAGCGUGCAUUCAGUAUGACGUAUCAGCCUUUAAAAUGGUCUUCCCACUCCUGCAGUCCUGUAUCACCUACUGGUGGAUUCAAAGCUCCCUUUGCAUUGGUCUAUAACCCUCUUCAGCCACCUUCUGCCGCCGCCGCCGCCUCCUCCUCCUCUUUGCAAAGGAGGCACAGUACCUCAUCCAUUCCGUAUCAAGUCAGAGUGAGCCUAGAACAGCUCAAAGAAGUUGCUCAGAUCUGCCCCAGCAGCCCUGUGGAAGUGGCGGUGCCAGGACUCAAGGUGCGGCACAUACAGUUUAACUCUCCUUUACAGCUCUAUUCACAGAAAAACAUCCUGGAUUCCUUGCAGGGGCAGAUCUCCUCCAUUAGCCCCACUUUCCCAAGCUUGGAUCAACUUAACCAGCCGUCCAGUAAUUUAGUAAUUGACAAGGACUCUGAGGUUUACAAGAUGCUGCAAGAGAACCAAGAGUCAAAUGAACCACCUCGGCAAUCCACCUCAUUCUUGGUGCUGCAAGAAAUUUUAGAAUCUGAAGGAGACCCCACAAAGCCUUCUGGAUUUAGAAGUGUAAAGGCUCCAACACCCAAAGUAGCAGCAUCAAUUGGAAAUGCCCAGAAGCUGCCUGUUUGUGAUAAGUGUGGCUCUGGGAUUGUAGGUGUCUUUGUAAAGCUCCGGGACAAGCAUGUCCACCCAGAGUGCUAUGUUUGUAGUGACUGUGGAACGAAUCUCAAGCAAAAAGGGCACUUCUUUGUCGAGGAUUGCAUCUACUGUGAGAAGCAUGCCCGGGAACGGGUCACGCCACCUGAAGGCUAUGAAGUAGUUGCUGUGUUUCCCAAAUGAAUGAGUGCUUCAGCCCUGAUGUCCCACAAAGAGCUGCUGUCUUCCACCUAGGAAUUCUCCUUGCAUAGGCUCAGUAGAGCCUUUGCUGUGGACCUUUGUUGGCUGCCACUAAGUUACUUAGUAGUGAGACACCUGCAGUAGAGAGAAACCUGAUAGAUCUGCUUGGAUGCUUCUUUUUUUUUUUUUUUUUAAUUGCACCAUUUUUCUUUUUGCCUCUAUUUUCAACGUCAUUUGUCAACCAAAAUCAGAUGCCAAACCACACUAUCUCUUCUGAUCCUGUUUAAUAAAAUGAUUGACUCAAA